CUCCAUCCAUGUGACGGUAAGAUCUGCGGUUUUCCAACGAAGAAGAACCGUACUCUGUCCGUGUAAACAACAGCGAAGAAUGUGAUUUCUGACUCUUCGUUUUGUGGCCAACACGCUUUUCCUCACUAUGGCGCAACCGGCGGAGAAAGCAUAUUAUCGCUUUAUGGUGCUCUUCUUUAACUGUCUGCUGACAUUUGGCUCCUACUUCUGCUUUGACAUUCCCAGUGUGUUACAGGAUCAAUUCCAAGGGAACCUGACAUGUCCCAAUGCAACAGUGAUCAAUGGGACAGUGGACUGUGUGGAGGGACUGGGGAUGACCCCUCAGCAGUACAAUCUUCUCUACGCCAUCUACGCUUGGACGAAUGCAGUAGUGGUGAUCCUGGCUGGAUUCCUGAUUGACAAAUUAGGAAAUCGCUUCGGUGUGUUUCUGUUCUCUUUCCUCUGUGUUUUGGGCUCAGCGCUGUUUGCACUGGGUUCCCACUUCAAGGGAACUACCUAUUUGCUGCCGCUAAUGCUCACAGGCCGUCUGUUGUUUGGAUCAGGCAAUGGAUCUCUGACCAUUGUUCAGAGCCGCAUCACGGCCUUCUGGUUCAAAGGGAAAGAGUUGGCUUUGGCUUUCGGUCUGACCCUGGCCUUCUCACGGCUGGGUUCAGUCCUGAACUUCUUCCUCACACAGAAGUUUGAAGAAAAGUAUGGGAUGCAGUGGACACUCUGGGGUGGAACGCUACUGUGUGUGCUGGGCUUCACUUCUGCUAUUGUAGUCAGUGCCUUGGACAAGAUUGGAAUGAGACAGCUAGGUCUUGAUGGAGCCAUCCAAGAAGAGUCCCGCAAAGUGAGGAUUCAAGAUGUGAAGCUCCUGUCACUAAGAUACUGGCUGCUGGUUCUUACUAUCAUGUUCUUCUACAAUGGCAUCUUCCCCUUCAUUGCUGAUGCAAGCAAGUUCAUCCAGGAUAAGUAUAGCGACUACAACCAGAAGGAGGCUGCUUAUAUUGCGGGGGCGGUCUAUGACAGCUCACUGGUCCUCUCAGCCAGUGUGGGAAUUCUCAUUGAUUAUGUGGGUCUGCGGGGAGUUUUUGCAGUGGCCUGUGCCAUCCUCACACUGCCUGUGUUUGGACUCCUGGCCUUCACCUUUGUCCCUCCCCUGGUUUCAACCAUAUGGCUAGGAGUCACCUACUCCUUUGCUGCUGCCAGCAUGUGGCCAUCUAUUCCCCUCGUGGUACCUCAGGCGACUCUGGGAACAGCCAUGGGCCUGGCCACCUCCAUACAGAUGAUUGGGAUUGGGAUCUCCAAUCUUGUUGUUGGGCAGAUAUUGGGCACUAAGUCAAGUGAAACUAAGAUUCCGCUGUGGCGUUGGCAGAGGAUGAUGAUCUUCAUGUUGGCAAACACCAUCAGCUGCAUUGUCACCUCAGUGCUGCUUAAUGUUGUUGAUCAUAGACAGGGCGGGACCCUGAACAAGACAACCAAGAGGUCAGGGCAGGCACAGAGAGACCCGGACCGAGAGCCGCUCACCCAGGGAGAGGAAGAGCAAAAUGAAGAUGACGAUGGUGCUGAUCGAUCUCGCUCUAUCAACUCUUGAGCUUUUCAUUUCAGCGCUCUCCUCUUAUUUGAGGAUUCCUCUGUUUUCAUUUCUUUUUCUAUAUAUGCAUUCCCCUCAGAAAGUAUUCAGAGCCAUUUAUUAUUUGCACAAUUUACACUGGCUAAAAUUAAGGCUCUAAAUGAAUAAAGUCAACAUUUUCUCCAUCAGUGUACAUCCCAUGAGGAUAAAGUUAAAGCAUGUUUUAGAUUCCCUUUUUUUUUCUUUUUUUUCUUUUUUUUUUUUUUUUUUUUUUAGGAGGUUUGGGAGCUCAGGUGUGUUAUUAAAAAUCAAGAUCUGAAGUUGCCCAUUUACAAAAGUAUUCAGACAAUAUUCAAUACUCUCUAUAGACUGUGACUUUGAGUGGUAUAUCUAUUGUAUCUGUUCUAUGUAUUCUUCCUGUCAGGCGUUUGUCACAUUAGAGAGAACUACCAUCAGGUGUCUUCACAGUAGUUUUAUGGGGUUUUUGCUUUGGGUGAGACAGUCCAAUGUUGACUCGGCUGUGUGCUUUGGUUCACUGAAAGUCGAACUCACAUUCUGGGGUAUAUUGUCUUAUAGACCUUUAUCUUUGGUUGCAUUCAUUUAGUCUUCAGUUUUGACCACCAUCAUGCUUCACUGCAGGGAUUACAGUGAGUGUUUCAGAAGGUUAUGAGGUUAUUAUCUGGUAUUGGCCACAGUCUUUUCUUCUCCUUUGAAUGCUGUUUGUCAAACUCCAUGUGUCUGAUGUGCCUUUUACUGAGAGUAGCUUCCAUCUAGUUGCAUUACCAUAAAGGGAUUGAGUAAAGUGCUGUUGAGAUGGUCAUCAGCAGUCUUCGAUCUCCCUGACAACCUCCUGUCUGAAUGAUGUGAUCGUAGACAGGUGGAUGUCUCUUUAAACAGUGUGUAAUUCAUUGAGGUGGCCACAGAUGCAUUUUAUUCAGGUUCUAGACACAUUUUCAGUUUUAUUAAAGUAAAAGGGAAGCAUCUAAUGACAGCCACACAAACAGUCUGAAUACUUUUGUAAAUUACAGAUUUCAGUUUGUUUGACUUUUAACUACAGGAAGUGGUCAAAUUUCACUUUUUUCUAACUUUUAAGUUUUUUGUGAUGCAGAUGUGAAACACAUUUUAUCAGUCUUGUAAUGACUAUGAUCCUACUGCCAUAAACGACUGUUUGGACAUUAC